GGUGUGGAUACUCGUGUUGCGCGGCAUCUGUUAUGGCGGGCUUUCGUCAAUAUGAAGUUUGUGCAAACUUUUAAAACUUAAAAACAUGAACUAAAACUUACUUAUAAUUAUUAGAGCAUAGCAAAAACUGCACGGUACUGUUAAAAACCACAAAUAAGUGAAAGUUCACUGGUCAGGAUGUCGGUUAAUUCAAAGUGGCGGUUACCUGACGUUUUUUGUGUUGGUGUGUUGAAUGGAUGUCGGAAUUACGUUUAAUUCGUGGCGCGGGGAUGGGUGAAUAAGUGGUUCAAGGUGUUUUGGGACUACUAUCGAGAUGCCUUUCGUGCAGCGUGCAGUGGAACCUAAGUUUUUAUCGCGUACGAGCUUACGAGACAACGAUGGCCAGCCCAGGGUUGCGGACGAAGAGCUUCAAGCGGUGACCAAUUGCACCCUCAGCAAUGCACUUAGACAGCUCGCAUCCUUGGUGCUGCUGGCGGAAGAUAUCUUCAGCGAGUUGACCGUGCAACUUCAAGAUAUAACCGAGCGAUCUAAAGUAGCGCAGACGAAGAUCAUCAAAAUAAACGAGCUAGUUGAACAGUAUGAUCCGAAGAAAGUACCAGUCCCGGAGGGCAGCCUGUCCGACUUUGCGGCUCGCAAAGUCCAAUACACGGCAAGUCAUCCCCUCAAAAAGGGCCUGUUCACGCCCGAUACAAGACCGUCAAGUAUACGCAAGCUAUAUGAAAAGGCGACGACAGACCGUCUAUCUGCAUCGAUCCUCGACCAACUGCGAAGGGAUUCUCAACACUCUCCAUACCUAUUGUGCACUCCAGUUCUUAGCACUAAACGAAGACGAAUCUACCAGAAGGUCGAUGUGGAAAUCGAAACUCGCAUUCCGUCAGUCGUUGAGCAUCUUCGGAAAUGGACGUCGAAAGAGGCAGUGGGUGACGUGACAGCCCUGCCGGACGCGUCCAUGAGGAUCGCAAGCAGCGUCACAUUGACGCCGGACGAGCUCUCUGAAUGCGGAUCCGGAGACGACGAACCUAUCGAUCAUCGGCUGCCCAGCCCCGACGAACAACUUAGGAUUAUUGCUUCCAAAUUCCCCCCAGAGGUCGUUGCCAUCGAUACGUCUGGAAAAUUCUUCGACAGAAUGUGCAGCUCCCGAAAAUCUCUACACCUAGAGAGUACUACCGGUGAGACGGACACGGUGAAACGAAGGACCCGGACGAGAAAACCUCGGGGUAAAAGACGAAACACCAUUUCGGGCACUGACCAAAAAGAGCUUAGAGAGGCUAUAGCUGGCGAUACAUCAAACGCGGCAGCUUCUGAAGAAAUCGAAGAUAGCAAUACAGUCAUCAGGUCGAAGUCUAGUGAUUUACUUAAGAAAAGUCCUAUCGAUCCGGUGACCAAGAAGGGACACUUCAACUCUCUAAAACAAUGGGGCAAAAACAGACUAAAGUUAAUUGGUAGAUCUCCUAGUGCCAGUAGGGAUAACUUUAAGGAUACCUCUAAGUCCGAAAAGGCUAAGGAUUCAAAAUCACCGCCUAGGCAAGUAGAAUUGGUGCAGGAUUCUGUGACGAUGCGUAAAAAACGCCCAGGAGACGAGGACAGAAGGACACAUCAAAGAUGUGCAUCGUAUUCCUCUUCUGAGAAGAGUAUAGGUAUGCCUAGUAUUGUUCAACCAAAUGUCGCGACCAUUAAUACCGGCGUUAAACUACGAGGAACAUCAGUACAAAGGAGACUAAGAAGGUCAGGCACUGCCAAAGAUGAACCUCAUUCGUCAAGUGGCAAUUGGUCGGCAAGUUCUGAGUCGGGUCGGACGAGUAUAGGUUCUGAGAUAACUACUACAACGGUACCACCUAAAAGUACAACUUCAGCCGCGACAUCAAACAAUUCGUUGAACGCUCACCAUGGCCCACCAAGUUCUAUAAUCAGUCGGAGACGAUUCCUCAAUACUUCUGGCUCAGGUAGUGUGACAAGUGAGGGUACGCUAACGCCAGACAUAAUUCAUGACUUGCACGAAGAUUUGGAAACAAGUUCGGAAUUCUCGUGUGACACCGAAGGCUACUACACAUCAUUCCAUAUGGACUCGGGCUUGAAGACUUUAAAAGAGGAGGAAAUUACUCCUAGUACACCUCUGCAUACAAGCAACGCUCUUUCCAAUUCCUCUAAUAGUCAAAAUAUGACUGCAGAGAAUGAAUACGAAUUGUUCGGAAAAGGUUCCACAAGCACGACUACAAGCUCUGCUGGAACAGUUUGUACAACGUUAAUGGCUGCCGGCAGCGAUAGAUCACUUGUAAUAGGCCCAACAGUGCCGGAACGAAAGAGUUCGUUAGCGAAAAUGAGCAGAAAUAGAAGUGCUAACGCACACAGUGCAAACACUAGUUUAGACAGAAGCAUAAAUUCUUCAUUUUCGAAGUCUCCUUUCAGCAGCCUAAGGUAUAACCCUGUAAGAUAUAAUGACAAACCAGCAUACAAUAAUUCUUCACCAGAAAUAAAUGAAGCCACCCCUCCAACUAUCACUAUUACAAGAAAUGUCGGUAAUCAUACAGAGAUAACGGCUGUGGCCGAAGUCCAUACAGAGACUGAACUUGAAAGUGCCAAGAAAAGUACUGGUACAAGUUCUCCUGACUCAGGGCAUAACACUUCUAGUUCACCUAUUGAAGACUCCGUGUCAAGUGCGCACGGAAAGAACAGCCUAUCAGAACAAGACUAUUCAGAAUCAUCCGAUCUCGAAGGUACAGAAAGAAUAGAAAGGAUAAGAUACAAGACUACAAUAAACAGUUCUAGAAUUCCUUCAAUGUGUGUAAUAACACCGUCCAACUCUGAUGACGAAAGUGAAAGUAGCAAUAAAGAUUCUGACAUUGUUAUCAAAGCUCAGACGGAGUUAUCAAAAGUAGCCAGUCGGCCAAAAUUAGACCUGCCGAUUGAAGAAAAACUGAAAGAAGUAAAAACGCCUACAGAAUUAACAAAGCCAAGUAAUAAAGGAAUUCAAAUUAAAUCUUCAUUGCAGCCUUUUAAUAGUUUAAUGUGCAAAUUAAAAGGUGUUCUCCCUCACAAAUUAUCCAAUAAAAAGUCGCCGGUAUCAAAAGAGCCAGAAUUAACUGAGGACUUUUACGACACUGGGGAUUACGUUACUAUAGCUGAUGUAAAAAAUAAUAAUCAGAAAUUAAGUCUAAAUAGAGGCAUUUACGGUAACAGUGACGUAGUCAAGAAAAAUUUGCAAACAGUGCUCUCAGGAAAACUGCCAGAAACAGAAUAUGUAUCACUUAAUGAAUUGCCAAAUUGCCUUAGUGGAAGUAAAGACUAUUUAGAACAUAGCCUAGAAGAUAAGCCUUCAGCAGCACUAGAUGAUGUUCAAAUAAAAGGUGCAAAAGUUACUCUUGACUCGCAAGGACAAGUCAUCUACUCGUCUGAUACGCUAAAGAGAAGAAAAGGAGCACACACCACUUUCGAGCCGGGACCAUUCGUACAAGAAAUUAAGCCUACGACGACGGUCAUCCAACGUGAAAUUGCUGAUGUUGUGCAAGUUGUUGAUGAGACUGAUUUUCCUUACGAACCACCGCCUCCAUCAAGUAAGCCUACGUCACCUCAACUAGGGAAAAUGAUUAUCAAAGCUCCAACUGCUCCUGACGGACCAAUGACCACCGAAUUUAUCACUUUACCGACUCCCAAACCCAGUACAAUUAUUACUGCUACACCAAUCACCGAAACACCGGUACUUAGCAACCAACAACACUCAAAAAUAACUAAAAAACCACAAGACAUACCGCGAGUAGUAGAAGCAAUCACUAGGACUGGGGCUUAUGUAAAUAUACACGAUGCGGAGGGUGUCAGCUUAUCUCCGACGAAAGACGAUUUAGCAGACUAUCGACAUUCCAGUGCUGACAAGCCCUACUUGAACAUACCGCCGAAUGUUAUCCAAGACAAGGGACCAACAGUGGAUUUGAAUGCGAUUAAUCCUACUUUACAUCGAUAUCAUACUGCUCAUCUCCGUGGCAGGCACGGCAUUAUCGACUAUGAUAACUCAAAUGCAGCUCAAAGAGACCAACCGAAAUUCUGGACGCUUCCUAAACGAAGCAACUUAGAAUCCAAUGCGCCUCAAAGAUCUGCAUCUAAUUACGGAAUGAAAAUAGCACCAGUAAACUUACCAGCACCAGAAAUGCUUACCAGAGCACAGGGUUCUACUAACACCAAUGAUGAAUCUAUCAAAAUAUCUCCAAUUGAUCCUAGAACAUCAGGACACUUCAAGUCAUCGACUCCAUCGAAUAAAGAAAAUGUUGUUGAUCUUGGUACGAAGUUAUUAUCCCCUGUCAAGUCUACAAUGACUAACGAAGAACUUUAUGCUGUUAUACACAAAAGUAAGAAGAAACUUAAUAUUAAAGACACCACUGAACGAUCGGAAUCGCCCGCAUUGUCUACUAUUAGUUUGUCACCAGUUAGUUCGGAGACAUCACUUUAUACAAAGGGUACACAGCGUCAUCCAGAAACGGGAUAUUUAGGUGAUCCAAGAAAUCGAAUGAGCUGGUCUCCUUCUGAAAAACAGAAUAUAAUUCCUAUUUCAGGUCCUAUUUAUGGAGCACAAAAACAAGAAACGAAUUGCGCAGACAGAUAUGGACCUAUGUCGCAAACGUCUAGACUUGAUUUCAAAAAGCUUUUAUUGCAACAUAGUGUUAAAUUAAAUACAUUGCCUCAAAACAAAACUAAUAAGUUAUCGGCAGUAGAACAAUUAAAAUUGUCACGUGAAAAACCACAAACAUUACCCUCGCAAGUAGCCAAUAGAUCUCAAGUUAAUAUUCUGGAUUUAAGUGGCUCUCCAAAAACAUAUACUCAUAGAAAGGUCAUGAAGCCAAACGCUCAGCCUAGUUCACCAGGAAGAACAGGAGCAUUAAUUAAAGAACACAAAAAUACGCCAAAAAUUUUGCUCUCUCCUAAAUCACAGUGGAGAUUUGCCAGUCCAAGAUCUGAUGUUUUGUCAACCCCUAUACCCGAAGCUUACAAUGAAGAUGAAAAUUCUAAUAGCUCAGGAGAAAAACACGAAGUUUCAGUGGAAACCCCGCCUUCUAAAACAGUUCCUAUUGUAACGAACCAACAUUUUGGAGCGCGGCGAAACUUAAUUCCUAUAAAUGAAACCACUCUAGAAAUAGAAAGAAAUUUUCCUCUAUCAACUGAUCAAGGCGUGUAUCCUCUGAACACCGACUUUAUAAGGUCUCAAGGUCUGUCAAGAACAGAAAUAAUGCAAGCAAAGAGAGCAGAGUUUUUCAAUACGUGCCCAGAGUCAUCUCCUCCUAAACUAACCUCCUUCAAGAGUCCAAACGCGGCUGGUCCGUCUGUAAACUCUAGAAGCAAAACUUCUCCAGAGCGAGGCAAAGUUUCUCCCACUACUCUGGAAACUGCAUUAUGAUAAAGCUGAUAUUGAUGUGUCAAAGCGGUGCUUUAGAAAUUCCAAUCUCAAAGUUUGUAAAUAAGGCGAUGAAAUUAAUAGAAGCUUUAAUCUAGUCUUUUCUUUCGCUUAGUGCCAUUUUUGCAGGCACUUAUUUUCCGUAACCAGUGUUUGAAUACUUCGUAAUUCGAGCUCAAACUUUUUUUUUUUUUUAAUGCUCUAUGGGGCCAAUUUUGUUCUACUCUACAACAGCUGUUUUAUAAACUUAGAAUGUAAGUAUUUAUUGAGUACAUUUUGAUAGGUACUAUGUUAGCAAUGUUUUGAACUUUUUCAAAGUUUUUAAGUUAUUCGGAAUACAUUUUAAAUAAAACGUGUUGAAUUA